AUGAAGACCCUUACUUCUGCCUUGCUCGGUGCUGCUGCAUUGGCCCAGAACGUCAAUUCCUCUCCUCUUUCGGGUGCUGCUGGACUUGAAUUCCCCAAUGUGACCGGGUUGGCGAAUCCUACCGUUCACGUUUCCAACGGCGGAUCAGCCCAUUGCGUCUCCGGCACCGUUAAAGUCAACGCGACUACCGACAAAAACCUCAAGUUCGCGUACGACUUGCCCUCUAACCAGUCGCAAGUAACCCAGACACUCGUCAGCCUGUGGUCGUCAGGCGGGGAUGGCUACCUGAAAUCCCUCGCGAGCGGCACCCAACGGGUCAGCGGCAGCUACGAUAUCGAGGCGACAUAUUGUCUGCCUGCAGGCGAAACCUCAAAGACAACCAAGGUUCAAAUCCUCACGCACGGUAUUGGCGUGGACCGCCACUACUGGGACUUUGCCUCGGGAUACAGCUACGUCGACACCGCCGCGGCCGCAGGGUAUGCCACAUUCCUGUACAACCGUCUCGGCGUUGGCGCAUCGUCAAAGGAAGACCCAUUGAAUGUCGUGCAAUCACCACUCGAGCUGGAGAUUCUCAAGACGCUGGCAAGCAAACUUCGCCAAGGUACCCUUGGUGACCGCGCCUUUUCGACUGUUGUUGGUGUAGGCCACUCGUUUGGGAGCAUCCUGACCCAGGGUGUCACCGCGGCUUACCCCAAGACUCUCGACGCCGCAGUGCUGACGGGAUUUGCACUCAAUUCGAACGGUCUGCCUGGUUUUGGUCUGGGACUUAAUGCAGCAAUUGCCUCGGAAACCCAGCCGUACCGCUUCAGUGGACUUUCUGCUGGAUACCUUGUCGCUGGGACGUCGGUGUCGAAUCAGAUUGCGUUUUUCCACGACCCGGGUUUUGACCCUGAAAUCCUAUCGCUGGCCGAUGCCACCAAGGGAAGCUUCACGCUGGGUGAACUCUUCACAUUAACCCAUGUUGUCAAUGCAACAAGCGAGUUCCAAGGUCCCGUUGCGGUCGUUGCUGGAAAUGAAGAUUUGCCUUUCUGUAACGGAAACUGCAGUUCUCCGACCAAUAUUCUGGCUGGUCUUGUGCCUGCGCUGUAUCCGGAAUUGUCAGAGGCAAAUACUGCUACCUAUGUGGCUCCUGUUGCAGGUCACGCCUUGAACUUGCAUUAUGCGGCCCCAGGUGCUUUUGACUUCAUUCAGGACUUUCUCAAGAAGCACAAUGUGUGA